AUAGAGAGUUGGAUAGCAUUCAAGCUCACUUGUAAAGCUUUGUAACGUUCUCUUAGCUUAAUACAAGUUCUCUCUUUCAUAGUUAUUCUCUUUUCGUUUGGGUGUUCUAGCCAAAGUGUUUGCGUGAGUAAGACUGACUUAGCAUAAGAGAAGUGCUAAAGCCACACGAGAAGCUUAAGAAAAAGAAAGCUCGUGACAAAACGCCUCCUUGCACAGGCAAACUCUGUUUUGAUGCCUAGUAAUUUUGAAACCAAUCUUGGAUAUAAACGUCUAUAGAGGGGGACAGACUUAUCCCUAUAUCCCUCGAAUAGUAGCUCACAGCAUACCACCAUUGACGACUUGAUGUAACCAAACAAAAUGAGUUUGGUUGGAUGUUAAAUAGGACUGUUAAGUAAGGGAAAAUUUAUUUUUGUGAUGUUUAAUCCUAAGUUGAUGAAAUCCGCCUCAUACUCGCACUUAAAGAUUGUAAAGCGAAAUUCUUGCUAAAAAAAAAAAGAAAAACGUUUUUCUUAGCCAAAGCGUUUUCUGAAAAGAAGUCUCAAAAAAUCGCAGAGAGCUUUUGAAAAACACAAACUGGUGUUUUGUCCUUGGAGUCGUGUCGGCGAUGCAGCACUGUCACUCGGAAAUAGCAUACUCGUGCGUGGCCACUGAAACAUACGCGUCGCCAGACGCUCGCUUUCUUAACACCAUGACACAUCGCUAGCAUCGUGACUCGUUGUUUCGUCAGUUUUCGCCUCACUUUUCAUGGUUAGCUUCUUCUUCUGUUUCAUAGGUUGUCAUGUUUGCUUUUAUGUUUACAAUGGACUGAGUUGUUCUUGAAAUCGAUUGCGGGAUCGUGAAGCCUGAUAGGAGAAACAUAGAACCUCACCUGCUAGGCAAAGUAGUGCGAAAAUGUUGGAAAACAAUGUUGGAAUGGGGGAAGAAUCCUCUCACGACUUACACAAGUACAGUAAGGUUUCAAUUGUACCUCUUGUAUUCUUGAUAUUCUAUGAGGUCUCUGGCGGCCCAUUUGGCGUCGAAGACAGUGUCCAGGCUGCCGGUCCCCUGUUAGCCCUUCUUGGGUUUCUGGUUUUUGCACUCAUAUGGAGUGUUCCUGAGGCCUUGAUAACGGCAGAAAUGGGCACUAUGUUCCCUGAAAAUGGGGGAUAUGUUGUUUGGGUUUCAUCAGCUUUGGGUCCAUUUUGGGGAUUUCAGCAAGGCUGGGUGAAAUGGCUUAGUGGGGUGAUUGAUAAUGCUCUGUACCCUGUUCUAUUUCUGGACUAUCUGAAGUCAGCAAUUCCAGCUUUAGAAAGUGGUUUGCCAAGGACAAUUGCAGUGUUGGUUUUGACUGCAAUUCUCACUUAUUUGAACUAUAGGGGUUUAACCAUAGUGGGCUGGGUUGCUAUUUUACUAGGGGUGUUUUCACUUCUUCCUUUUAUAGUCAUGGGGCUGAUAGCAAUUCCGGAGAUAGAGCCUUCGAGGUGGCUUAUCGUAGAUCUGGGCACUGUUAAUUGGAGUUUGUACUUGAAUACGCUUUUCUGGAAUCUUAAUUACUGGGAUUCAAUCAGUACACUUACAGGGGAAGUGGAAAACCCUAGUAAAACUCUUCCAAAAGCUCUGUCUUAUGCUCUAAUCAUGGUUCUUCUUGGAUACAUUUUCCCUCUUCUGACUGGUACUGGAGCUAUUCCAGUUGAUCGUGAAUUGUGGUCCGAUGGUUAUUUUGCUGAUAUUGCUAAAAUUCUGGGAGGUGUAUGGUUAAGAACCUGGGUUUUAGCGGCAGCUGCUUUGUCAAACAUGGGUAUGUUCGUGGCUGAAAUGAGCAGCGACUCCUUUCAACUUCUGGGUAUGGCAGAAAUUGGGAUGCUUCCUUCAUUCUUUGCCAAACGAUCUCGUUAUGGUACCCCUCUUACGGGAAUCUUGUUCUCUGCAUCUGGUGUAAUUCUGCUCUCGUGGUUGAGCUUCCAAGAGAUUGUAGCGGCAGAGAAUUACUUGUACUGUUUCGGGAUGAUUAUGGAAUUCAUAGCAUUCGUGAAGUUAAGAUUUCAGCACCCAAAUUUACCAAGGCCUUACAAGAUACCUUUUGGGAAUAUUGGAGCGAUUUUGAUAUGUAUUCCUCCAACAGUGUUGAUUUUGGUAGUUUUAGCCCUUGCUUCGCUAAAGAUCAUGGCUAUAAGCAUUGCUGCUGCGGUAGUCGGGCUAGUCUUGCAGCCUUGUGUUGAGUACAUGAAAAAGAAGAGAUGGUAUGAUUUCUCCGGGAGUUUUGACAAUCCAGAUUGCCAAUAUGCAUCAGUGUAACAAAUCAUGAUCUCAUUAAUGCUAGUUUUCAUUCGGUGUUUAAAAUUGUUGGUUGUUUCUGACUCUUAGAAGUUACUGGUUGUCUUCUGUCUUCUGAGAUUUCCUUUGCGAUAUGAUCUAUGAAACUGAUAUGGG